CAAAGAGCAUCAUGGCUGCCUCCAUUGGAAGUUUGCUUGCAGAAAUUUCUGAUCUUGAAAAUCCAAUUGAAGAAUUGGAAGUUCUGAAAACGGCACUUUUAGCCAUCCCGUUGAACGCCCUCGGUGACACUGUCCGUGGACAGCGGCUAGAUGUUAUAUUUUCUCUUUUGAACACAAAUGACAGUGUGCAGAUUGAGCUGUGUGUGGAUAUCCUGGGUCGUGUCCUGCAGGCCCUCAGCCCCGUCCACCUCGUCCAGAACUGCCGGGAUGAACUCAAAAGCGGCUUGACCCACUCAGACGAUUCCGUCAAGAUACUUGCCCUGACACAGAUAAGCCGUAUAGUGAAGCACCCAGAAGCAGUCACAGAGGUCCUCAACAACCAUGACCUCCUGCGAGGGGUCAUCCACUGCAUCGAGGCAGAGAAGAUUUCUGUGGGCAAAGAGGCGAUCAAAGCCCUCACGCCUCUCAGUGAAUCCAAACCCGGCCUAGACGCACUUUUCCGCAGUGACCUCUUCAAAGAACUUAAGGAUGUGAUGGCCACCAGUGACAUCGUCAGGUACAGAAUCUAUGAGCUGGUAGUGGACCUCUCCUCGGUGUCAGCCAUCUCUCUGGGUUACUGUGCCAACAGUGGCUUCCUCUCCCAGCUGCUGGGAGAGCUGACUGGGGAUGAUGUACUGGUCAGGGCGACAGCAAUUGAGAUGGCAACCUCACUUGCCCACAGUCAACAUGGCCGCCAGUACCUGGCACAGCAGGGCAUCAUGGAUAAGAUCUCCAACAUGAUCAUAGGGGCUGACUCGGACCCCUUCUCCAGCUUCUACCUUCCUGGCUUGGUGAAGUUCUUUGGGAACCUGGCCAUCAUGGACAGCCCUCAGCAGGUGUGUGAGAGCUACCCUGCCUUCCAGAACAAGGUGUUUGAGAUGGCCCUGGACCCUGACCCCGUCAUGACCGGCGUGGCUCUGGACACGCUGGGCGUCCUGGGCUCCACUGUGGAGGGAAAGCAAGUCCUCGGGAAGACUGGUGAGAAGUUCAAGUCUGUGCUGUUGAGGAUGAGUCAGCUGGCCAGCAGCGGAGCCACAGAACUGAGAGUGCGCUGUCUGGAAGCCAUCUCCAUCCUGCUCACUCUGCAGACCGAGCAGCAGACCGAGGACCUGCUGCUUCUGACGGAGUCCUGGUUCCGUCUGCUGUCGGACCAGCCCAUCGACAUGAUCCGAAACAUCAGCACCCAGCCCUUCCCCGAACUGCACUGUGGCGCCCUCCGCAUCUUCACUGCCAUCGCCCACCAGCCGUGGGGUCAGAAAAUGAUGCUCAGCUCUCCGGGCUUCAUGGAGUACGUCGUCGACCGCUCCGCAGGCCCCACCAAGGAGGCCAAGGACGCCAAGUUCGAGCUGGUGGGGGCUCUGGUGGGCUCCUCGACGGCGGCCACCAUCUUGGGUAGCCAGCACUACCUCCGUCUGAAGACCUACCUCAGAGAGGGACCUUACCACGUCACGGCCAUUUCCAUUGUGGACACUGAAGGAGCGGAGUGAGGUCACGCGUGCAGCCAAUGUAGAACUCGAUACUCCAAACUACCCAGGACCAAUGGUGUUUAGAAAUCUUUGUCUCCGCAAUCCCAUCCUGACCUUAUUGGCUUGACUAAUGAAUUUCUUGUUUUUGUAUUUGCUAUGUUUUAUGUUAUUACAAGUAAAUAACUUUUUUCAUUGUCA